GAGCUUGGGGAAGGGGGUGGGGUCUGAGUGUUGAAGCCGGCUAGUAGACCAGGAGACGGAAAAGUUUAGGAGUGAGGCCCGAAGAUCUGCCGCUGCCUGGGAAGAGGGCGAGACUCAAAUGAUCGACACAGAGACAGGGAUCGGAGGGUUAGAGUCCCCGACCUCCGUCAGAAAUGGGGAACGUGCAGUCGGAGCCGUCCGCGGGCGGGGGCUCCCGAAAAGAGCAGGCCUCGGACCGCUCCUCUGACUCCCGCCGUACGUCCCUGGUGGAGCCCGAGGUGACCCCCUCCUCCCCGGCCAUGCGCCUGGCUCGCGGGCUGGGCGUCUGGUUCCCUGGCAGCUCCGCGCCCGCGGGAACCCAGGUAUCCCCGGAGCCCCAGGCCUCACCCUCGCCCCUGCCCUUAGAACUGCCCUCGCCAGUGACGCCCCUUUCAGAGGAGGCAGCCGCAGCCGCGGUCUCCACACCACCCCCGUCCCCUGUGGGGACCCUGCUGUCCGCGCCGUCUAAGUGGCGAAAACCCACGGGCACUCCGGUGCCCCGGAUCCGCGGUCUGCUGGAGGCGAGCCAUCGCGGCCAGGGCGAUCCUCCGAACCUUCGUCCGCUGCCCCCGCCGCCCCGGCAACUAACUGGAGAAGACCCAGACUCUGAUCCGAGGGCCCCACCCCCUACUCCGCCGCCCUUGGCGCCGCGGAAGCCGCCACCACCGCCACCUUCCGACCGGCAGCCCCCGGACCACAGAAUCACUCCUGCUCUGGCCACACCCGCCACAACCCCCACAGAAAGCAAGGUCGGGUACAGCAGCGAGGGCCCGACGGCCGGUGGAGUCCGUAGAGGGGUACCUCCCCAAGCAGGCGAGGGCGAAAUGGCCCGGCCGGCGGUCCCCGAGUCCGGCCUGAGCCUGCUGUGUAAAGUCACCUUCAAGUCGGGGCCCCCUUUGACCCCUGCGGCAGCGUCGAGUUCCUUAGCUGCCAAAGCCUCGCUCGGGGGCUGCGGAGGCGGAGGACUCUUCUCCGCUGCCUCGGGUUCCAUCUCUUACGCCGAAGUCCUGAAGCAGGGGUCCCUGGCUCCUGGGACCGCGCGACCCUCGGGAGUCCCUCGGGGGACUCAGGAAGCAGAAGGCGGUGGAGACGGCGAGAGGUGUUCUGGACCCCCUUAGGCGCCUGUGUCCCAUGCCAGGGCCCUUCCGCCGCCAUCCUACACCACCUUUCCAGGCUCGAAGCCCAAAUUUGACUGGGUGAGCCCCCCCGGUGGCCCUGAACGCCACUUCCGCUUCAACGGAGCCGGCGGCAGUGUCGGGACGCCCCGACGGCGCGCAGCCACGCUCUCAGGGCCCUGGGGCUCUCCACCGCCUCCGCCAGGGCAGACGUACCCAGCUCCCGGGCCCCGGAGACCUGCACCAGCCCUGCUGGCGCCGCCGAUCUUCAUCUUCCCGGCGCCCACCAAUGGCAAGCCUGUGAGCCCCGGGCCAGGAGGCUCACAGGAAUUGCCGCCACCGCCGCCGCCCACGCCACCACCCACGCCUCCUCCCGCGCCACCGCCCACACCGCAGCCUCCCGCGCUCCAGCCAAAGUCGCUGCCUGUGGCCCGCCCUCCCACCCCAUGUCCAGGCCACCUGGAGUCGGCCUUAGCUCCCGCCCCGGCUCCCACUCUGCCCCUCGCCUUGGCUGCCAGUGCCCACCCUCCCACCCCAUGCCCAGGCCACUUGGAGCCGGCCCCGGCCCCAUCGCCGGCUCCAGUUCCCACCAUAGCGGAGCCAACGCUGCCUGUGCCCGCGCCCAUCAAGGCCCGCACGCGCAGGAACAAAGGUCCCCGCGCAGCCCGGGGUGCAACCCGCGAGGAUGGAGCCCCGGGAGAUGGUCCCCGAGAACGUACCGCAGCCACCGUGACUGACAGCGGCGGUGGAGGGGGCGGCGGCGGCGGCGGCGGCGGCGGCGGGGCUCCUCCUCCAGCUGGGACGGCUAACUCGGGCAGCACGGCACGCCACUGGCCGCCCUUCCAGGUGCUUAACUCUUGUCCCUGCAAGUGUUACUGCCGCCACCAGCCGCGUCAUCGCCGUCUACCACGCAACGUGUCCGCCUGGCUGAGCACGCCCACCAACCACCUGAGCGAGCCACCAUGGGUUGCCACCAUCAAGCUGGCUGGCUCCCUGGUGGCUGGGCUGGAGCACUACGAUUUGCAGGCCACCCAUUCCAACUGAGUCGUCUGCUCAGUGCCCUCCGCCUCCCCCUCUCUGACAAUAAAAUAACCAUCCAGAAGUCUA